CGACUCGUCCUUUUGUGUCUAAUCCCGAAACCUCCAGAUGGAGAAGCUAAACGCGGUGUUUGGAGUAUUUACUCGGACUAGAGCGGACUGUUUGCGGACUCAGUGGUAGCAGGAAAAAGAAAGAAAAGAGCGCUAACGGGUGGGAAUGUUAACAUGUUAGCUCCGGCGCGGCAGGUGCACCUCGGCUCCGAGAUUUCACACGUUAGCAUAACCGACAAAGAGCGACUUUUCAGCCGUGGGAAUCCACCUUUUUACGAAGCCUGGUUUCUGUAGUCACUCUGUGGAGCAUCAACACAGGACAGGUUUCUCCAUCUCCCUCCCUCUUCUCUCUCCUGCUUGGUUUUGCCUUCUUCCCGGACCCAUCCGCCUAAAUUCCUUUCCCCACAUCUUGUCAGUCCAUCUUUUCAGCAGUUUUUUGUCUUUCACGACAUCCGUCCAUCUCCAGUUCACCUCUGUGGUAACUGAACAGAGACAUGGCCUCUGCCCAGUCAGAGCAGUCUAGAGUCCUGCAGGAGGAGCUCACCUGCCCCGUGUGCCUGGACUUGUACCGCGACCCCCACUUGCUUCCUUGCGGCCACAACUUUUGCAAAACCUGCCUCGAUCGCCUAAAGCGGCAGGCCGAGCGAGGCCGUUUCCGCUGUCCAGAGUGCCGCGACAGUCACCGCUGUGGCAUGACCUUUCAGAAAAACUUCAAACUAGCCAACAUAGCUGACGACUACCGUCACAGACGCAGAGCCACAGCUGCAACCCAGGGAAAAUCCAGGGAACUACAGCCGUCUUCUCUGGCAGUCCAGCCGGUCAGGAGUGUGUGUGCCGUUCCGUGUGACUACUGCCCCUCUGCAGCCGCCGAGGCGUCGGGCGAUGUGUCCUCUGCUGCCUCCGCGGCUCAGGACGGGAGCGCCGGUCAGGAAGCUGCUGCUGCUCCUGCAGCUUUGACCUUUGCAGUCAAGACAUGCCUGAAGUGUGAGGUGUCAAUGUGCCAGGAGCAUGUCAGGCCACAUCUGGAGCUGCCAGCCUUCCGGGAGCAUCCUCUAACCGAGCCAAUGAAUGACUUCUGGAGGAGGAAGUGCCCCGAUCAUGAUGAGAUUUACAGAUACUACUGCAUGGAUGACAAGAUGUGUGUGUGCAACGCCUGCACCAUAGAGGGAGGGCACGCAGGACACACCAUCAAGACCCUGAAAAACACCAUGAAAGAUCUCAAGGGCUCGCUGGACAAGCAGCUGUACCGGGUGGAGAGGAAGUUCAGCAUGGCGGAGAAAAAGCUGCAGGAGCAGAGGGAGAAGGAGCGGCAGAAUAAGAAGUUCAUGGAUGACACUGAGCAGUGUUUGACCAGACUGGGCGAGGACAUGAAGGCCAAAGUGCUGCGCUUCAUCCUCAGGCUGAGAGAGUGCACACGCACUCAGUGUGACACCAACGGGCCGGCCAUUCAGAAGAACAUCUCCAGGAUCUGUCAGGACCAGGCUCGCCUCCAGGAGGUCCGCUGUGGCAUCGAAAGCCUGAUGCAGGAAAACGACCCUUUUCGCUUCAUCGAGGCAUACAAGACAACAGGAAAAGAGUGCCGCAGACAGCUGAGGAAAAACAUGUUCUACCCGGAGUACGUGGACAUGGAGACGGAGGUCCUUGGAGUGAUGAUGGAGGAGGAGAUGAGAAAAUUUCUUGAUGAAGAGCUGCCAUGUCACAUUGUUGCUGCCAUUAAUUCCCUGUGUCAUCUCUCAGAUCCUGAGGAAGAGGAGGAGGAGCAGGAGGAUAAUGAAGAAGAAGCCGCAGAGGAAGACGAUGACGACGACGAUGAUGACGACCUCGACAGCAGCGAGGAGGAAAUGAGGAGUGAGGGGGAAGAGGAAGAAGAUGACGAAGACGAGGAAGCGCAUGAUCAGAGCGAGCUGGCCGACGACCUCUACAGCCCAGGGGAGGAAGAGGAGGAGGAAGAGGAAGAAGAUGAAGACAACCAAGAUGGGGAGGAAGAGGAUGAGGAAGAGAGAGGGGUUUAAAGAGGAACUUGUUGUAUACAUAUAUAUUUUUACACCUAACAGAGCACUCGAUCCUUAACUGUGGUUGGACGCUGCUGCCAUCUUCAUCCUGAGUGUGUGGCGUGAAAGACGAGCAGCAGCCACAUUUCGCCUCGAAGCUUCUCGCUGGUUCCCGCUGAGCUUCGGUUCAGCAGGACUUCAAACUGACUGCCAGAUGCCACCGCUGACCAUAAUUCAGGUGCUUUAAAUCCCAGAAGACACGUGCUGCAUCAUGUACACACACAUUUCUAAUGUGUGUUAACAAGCGUGCAGCCGGAAGGAUUCAGAAUAAAUAUGGAAAUAACUUUGCAUGUUUGCCAUGCCCUGUUUUCCACUACUUUGAUAAAUAUUUUACAAAAUACACGAGAAAUCUGCCUGUAUUUAACGAUUUACAUAUUAGUCUAAUUUGUUUCAGAAAGCUUUCACCUGCUGAAACUUUCACUAUUAAAAUUGCUGCAGAAAAAGGUCAAAGACAGGCAGCUUUGGAAAAUGUUUCUGGAAUUUUCUCACAUUAACAAGAAAACUUUAAAUGACUUGUUUCCCAGUUUUUCGUUGCGUUACAGAAAGUCUUUUCUUUGGUACUGUUGGUGGACUUUUUGUUGGCGUGUUGACCUAAAGCGAUCUGAAGAUCAGUGAAGCAACGACCGCUGGCUGGUCCACCUGAACAGGUGUUUCAUGCUGGCGUUCAGCAUUGCAAGCCAAAGAGAAAAGAAGUGUGUGUGGAUGGUACUUUGACAGGUUUGUUUGCUUGGCAUGCUGUUUAGAUAAAAAAAAAACAAUUUGCAUUGUUUUAACAGUUUACAGAGUAACUUUUGUUCAUAGUUUUGCUUUAAAAGCAGUAAAUGCAUUGUUUAAAAAAUGUGACAUGUUCCUAUGCAGAGUUCAGUUUCAGGUGAUGUAGAAUUUUGCACUUUACCACAAACAUGGUAUGUUUGGCCUGAAAUAUUUGAAUGUCAAAAGAUGAUUUUAAUUUUGAUACGAGUGACUUUAUGAGGGGCCAAAAAAUUGCUGCAUAUUAACAAUAAAGCCUGUUGAAUGUAAA